CUGGCUAGUGGCCGCUGCCUGCUAACUUGUUUAAAUCAAUUACCUUAUGCCAAAUUUUCAAUCUAUCUCCAUCUUGAAAGGUAAACAGAGAAAGCAACAUUAAGAUUGAGCAAUGAGUCACGGAAUUGGUUCAGCUGGAAGAAAAUCAUGCUUCCAUGACUGCAUCACAUCAACCUUCUCAACCACAAACUCCAUGCUUCAACCUUGUUCAUACGUUGCUUUCAAUUCCCAUCUUCCAAAACUCAGUUUUCCCCUCAAAACUCAAUCUGGGUCUUUUCAAAACAGAGCGAGGGCCUCUGUCGUUAACAGUUUGUACAUUGGCACAGAGAGUUUGAACGACUUGCUGGGCAUUUCAGACAGUGGAACACUCACAGAGAUCAAGCAAUCUUAUAAGCAACUUGUACGAAAAUACCAUCCUAAUGUGUCGCCGCCGGAAAGAAUAGAAGAACACACGAAGAGGUUUAUUCAGGAAUUGGAAGAGAAAAGAGAGUGGCGGAAGCAAUGGCAGUCUCAACUGACACGGCUGGAGAGAAGGAGCAUGAGGCAGGAUUCGAGGGCCAGCAUGUCAUGGGGAGCUAGAAUGCGCAGGAGAUCAAAUCAAAACUAGAGAUUAUCAUCAUGUUUACCAUUAUUAUAUUGAGCUAAAUGGCGAUCAACAUUGAGGCUUUGAUUUGUUCGUGUUAUAAUAUUUAUGGUUUUCAUGGUUAAGUUGAAAAAUAUCAAACAAUCAAAAGUUGUAAUAAUCAAAUCAUACAUAGUUGAGUUGGUUCCAGCUGCAUGCAAAGAUUAUCGAUCCAUCCCACUUACAUCACUAAUAUUAUAAUCCAGAAUUAGGCAUCAUUUUCACAAAUGGUAGGAUU